UGAUUCCAUCAUUCCAGUCUUUUUCCUAUGAAAGUUUCAUUGGAGUUUCCCUUUGUUUUCUCAGCCAAAACUGAGAAAACCAUCAUCUCCCUCACUCCAUAUCACCCACCAAAAAAAGGUUUCUGCCUUUAUUAAAAAAUCUCUUCCUUUUUUUUUUCCACUUCCUCGAAAAUGGGUCUGGAAGAGCAGAGCUUUGUUUUGAUCACAGUCGUUGUUGCAGUGCUUUUCAGCUUUGCCACAGCCAGCUGCUCUAAUGGAGAGUGCAAGGUACUAGAGGAAUGUGCAAAUAAUGGAGCUUGUCAAAGUGGAGAGUAUUGUUUUUCUUGCCCACUUGGAUUCGUUGGGUCAAGAUGUGUAAGAUCGCAAAUUUCAGAUCAAUUCAAGCUCGUGAACAAUUCUCUUCCUUUCAACAAAUAUGCAUUUUUGACAACCCACAAUGCUUUCGCUAUUGACACGGGAGUUCCUCGCAUUGCCCCCACGAAUCAAGAAGACAGCAUCUCUCAGCAGCUAAAUAACGGUGCUCGGGCCUUAAUGCUUGAUACCUAUGAUUUCAAAGGAGAAGUCUGGCUUUGCCAUUCAUUUAGAGGAAAUUGUUAUGACUCCACUGCAUUCGGACCAGCUAUAGAUACAUUGAAGGAAAUUGAAGCAUUCUUAUCAACCAACCCGGGAGAAAUUGUGACAUUGAUCUUAGAAGACUAUGUUAAAGCCCAAAAUGGAUUGACAAAGGUGUUCAUAGACUCCGGGUUGAUGAAAUAUUGGUUUCCAUUGAAGAACAUGCCCAAAAAUGGUCAGGAUUGGCCACUAGUUAGUGAUAUGGUGGCUAAUAACCAAAGGCUGAUUGUAUUCACUUCCAAUAAAUCCAAAGAAGACACCGAGGAAAUUGCAUACCAAUGGAACUACAUGGUCGAAAAUCAAUACGGUAAUGGAGGAAUGCAUGCAGGAAGUUGUCCAAACAGGGCAGAAUCUUCAGCUCUUGAUGACAAAAGCAAGUCUUUGGUUUUGGUAAACUAUUUUGAGUCUAUACCAAUAAAGCAAACGGCCUGUAUACACAAUUCUCAGCCACUGAUAGACAUGCUUCAAACUUGUUUUGCUGCGGCUGGGAACCGAUGGUCUAACUUUGUUGCGGUUGAUUUUUAUAAGAGGAGUGAGGGAGGAGGAGCAUUUCAAGCAGUAGACCUGCUUAAUGGGAAGCUCUUAUGUGGAUGCAACGACGUUCAUGCAUGCACACCAGGAUCAACUUCCCCCUGCACUAUGUAGGUUCAGCAUAUAUUAGAGGCCAAUCUCCUAUUUAGACAAUCCACAAAAAAAUUCAAACGGUUGGUUACAUUGUAGAAAAUGUGUAUAAAACAUACACAUACACAAUGUAUAUUUAUAUGGUGAUCAGAAAACCAUAUUGUAUUAUACAUACAUGGCAAAUAAAUUUUUAAAAUUUAAGAAUAAAAUUGCAUGAUAUAGUAAUAUAA